AUGAUAGCUGAAACUAAUGAGCAGAUAAAGAAAAUCCGAAGCCGAAUGCUUGUCGCUCAAAGCCGUCAAAAGAGCUAUGCUGAUCAAAGGCAGAAUCCUUUAGAAUUUGAAGAAGAAGAGCAUAUGUUUCUGAAAGUUACUCCAAGAACUGGAGUGGGUAGAGCAAUUAAAACAAAGAAACUGAAUCCUUGUUACAUCAGUCCAUUUGAAAUUCUGAAGAGGAUUGGACAAGUGGCUUAUAGGAUCGCUUUACCGCCGCAUCUUUCGAACCUGCACGAUGUGUUUCACGUGUCACAACUUUGGAAGUACACUCCUAAUGCAAGUCAUGUCCUAGAACCGGAAUCGGUUCAAGUAAGAGAAGAUCUGACACUUCCAGUAAUCCCGGUUAGGAUUGAUGACACCAGCAUCAAACGUUUGCACGGGAAAGAAGUAUCACUGGACCCGAUUAGCUUGAGAAAAAUGUUCAAUCUUGCUUCAUUGGUGCUUGAACAAGCAAUUGGAUAUGUUGGAAGCUUAAUCGGAAGCUUGGGAUUUGGUGCUAGUUGCUGA